GGAAGGAGAGAGAGAGUGGGGUGUUGUCGCCUCUGAAACGCUCUCACACAUCAAACAGUGACAGCAGCAGCAGCAGGAACAGAGCAUCCUUCUCCCUGGGAAAAACAAGCCUCUCUAUUGCAUUAUUGAAGCUGAACAAGUUAUCUUUUAUAUUAUUAAACCGAAUCAAACUGAGAUAAAAGGGAGUACAACGAACUCUUAACAUAUAUCUCGCUGCCAGAAACAAAGAGCUUUUUGUGGAUACAGACGGAAGCAUUCAGCACCUUGGAUAGCGAUCAUGGCUCCUAUGCUGGAGGACGGAGAACAGCCUGUGGCAGUGCCUGUGGGUGUUGCUGUAGUGAGUGUUUUCGGCAUUGUCUUCACUGCAUCAGCCUUCGCCUGGAUCUGUUGCCAGCGCAAAAACACCAACAAGUCCCAGAAGACACCUCCUUACAAGUUUGUGCACAUGCUUAAAGGGGUUGACAUCUACCCAGAGAGCCUGAGUGGCAAAAAGAAGUUUGCUGCACCCACUACAACAUCUAAUGAUAACGGUAAAACCGAUGUCAAUGGAAACUGCCAAACUACGCCAAUGAGUCCUUCUGGCACUGGCAAAACUGCCUUGAGUCCAAAUGGUUCCAGAUCAGAUCUGCAUCUUGAUCUCGAGAAGCGUGAUCUGAACGGAAACUUUCCCACCAAGCCUUUUCACCAUCACCACCAGACGGUGCGGAGCUCCCCAGACCUGGAGCUACCCUCUCCUCAGACAGGGUUCACCCAACCUGGUGCAAUGGAACGCCGUGACCUACCUUCACCAUCCAGCGCUCUCUCGAGCCAGGCACCUACCCCAGCGGUUGACAGACCUCAGGGAGAGGACAAGGAGGGGGGUCUAGGGACUCUCCACUUCUCACUUGAGUACCAGGCAGAGAGGAAGGCAUUUAUUGUUCACAUCAAGGAAGCCCAUGGUCUGUCCCCAACCGAUGAGCAGUCGCUUACCUCUGACCCCUACAUCAAGCUGACCCUGCUGCCGGAGAAAAAGCACAGAGUGAAGACAAGAGUCCUUCGUAAGACUCUAGACCCCGCCUUCGAUGAGACCUUCAGCUUCUAUGGGAUCCCACUUGCUCGGGUGUCUGAGCUGGCCCUUCACUUCAUGGUGCUGAGCUUUGAUCGGUUUUCUCGUGACGAGGUCAUUGGAGAGACCCUUGUACCUUUGUCAGGGAUUGACUUGUCAGAAGGGCGUGUCCUGAUGAGCAGAGAGAUUAUCAAGAGAAAUGUUAAGAAGUCCUUGGGUCGAGGAGAACUGCUGCUCUCUUUGUGCUACCAAUCCACCACCAACACCCUGACUGUGGUAGUCCUCAAAGCUCGGCACAUCCCCAAGACUGAAAACAAUGGUCCCAUUGAUCCGUAUGUCAAAGUGAACAUGUAUCAUGGAAAGAAGCGCAUAUGCAAGAAGAAGACCCAUGUGAAAAAAUGCUCUCCCAACCCGGUCUUUAAUGAGCUCUUUGUGUUUGAUCUGCCCUCCGAAGAGGGUCUGAGGGACACCAGCGUAGAGCUGCUUCUGAUGGAAUCAGACAAUGGCACUUCACGCAACCCCAACACCGUUAUUGGCCGUCUGGUAUUGGGCACAUCGGCGGCAGGAACAGCCGGAGAGCACUGGAGAGAGAUCUGCGACCACCCGCGUCGCCAGAUUGCCAAGUGGCAUGCCAUGUCAGAGGAAUAGGAAAGCUGAGAUUGUGUUGAUUCUCUUACCCAUGACUGAACUGAUGCAACCUUGAAAGUAAUGAAAUGAGGCUCGGCGGGAUGUGAUGUCCCAUUGGCCAGUACUCAUUGGACAUUAACUCGGAAUAUAGUGGGUUAGGGUAAAGGGGUGGUAAAAAAAAAAAAAAAAAAAAACAUCAAAGGGAACGGACUUCUAUGUAGAGGAGAAGAUCAUAUUUGAACUGAUACUUCAAUCAUUCAUUAAAUUGCUUAUCUUUGAAGUUUUAGGGGCUCAGUAUGAAGGUGGGGCAUGUUGAAGUUUAACCCCAUAGCUUUAAACAAUCCCAAAGACUGCCACUGAGAAUCCCGUCUUAUCAUACAACAUUAUCUUCAUAGCAACAGCAAAUUGUCACUGUCCAUGGUUGCAGUGCAGAAUGUCCCGAACGUUGCUUUUACACUUUCCUUUCCUCUGCUUCUACUUCUGCACAUUCUAUGUCCUUCUGUAGCUCUUCCUCUUAUAGUUAACAACCAAUAGACCAUUGUAUGAAUACCAGAAAGAACCACGCCUGACCAUGCUGUAAAAAAUGUGGACUAUUAAAGAUUAUUUUAUAAUGCAAAUGUUUCGGUCUUUAAAGAUGUAUAUUGUUUUUUUUUUUUUUGUCAUGUUAAGUUGAAUUUUUCUGUUUGAUUUGCUUAUCCUUGUUUUUGUAGGUCUAAGUGGUAUUUCAUAUAUUGUGACUGAGAUAAAUAUCAAAGCCUAAAUUAGGUGGUUUACCAAUUGCCUGGAACAGACUGAGGGCACCGGGGACUGUGGCAUAGCUGUGGAUGCAUUCAUGUGCGUGCUUGUUUCUGUAUGUCUUUUCCAGAAGAGGAUGUAUGCGGUGACACAGCUUUUUGAGUGUGUGGAUGCAAAGUCUCAUGAUGUUUACUGUAGGUGUAUUGUUCCUGUUACUGUGAGCACAAAGGGAGCUGGAAUGUAAAUGUAUGUAACUUAAUAUAAAAUAUGGCAAGUUCUGAGAAAA